CCCUAUAUGGCUGAGCGCGCGAACCCGGUCUGCAGACGAUUUUUAAAGCCCUGCUCUCCUCCAGAUCGUCCCACUCCAGUUCUAGCUUUCGCCAGCUCUACAGCUAGCAGUGUUCUCUCGUGUGCAGACCCGAACUCACAAGAUCAGCCACCAUGUGUGACGACGAUGUUGCCGCCCUCGUUGUUGACAACGGAUCCGGAAUGUGCAAGGCCGGAUUCGCCGGAGAUGACGCUCCAAGGGCUGUCUUCCCUUCCAUCGUUGGCAGGCCCAGGCAUCAGGGUGUCAUGGUAGGCAUGGGUCAAAAGGACAGCUACGUAGGAGAUGAAGCCCAGAGCAAGAGAGGUAUUCUCACUCUGAAAUAUCCCAUUGAACACGGUAUCAUCACCAACUGGGAUGAUAUGGAGAAAAUCUGGCACCACACCUUCUACAAUGAAUUGCGAGUCGCCCCUGAGGAACACCCCGUCCUCCUCACAGAAGCUCCCCUUAACCCCAAGGCCAACAGGGAAAAGAUGACCCAGAUCAUGUUUGAGACCUUCAACACCCCAGCUAUGUAUGUAGCCAUCCAGGCUGUGCUCUCCCUGUACGCUUCCGGUAGGACCACAGGUAUCGUGCUUGACUCUGGUGAUGGCGUCUCCCACACCGUCCCCAUCUAUGAAGGUUACGCCUUGCCUCACGCCAUCCUGCGUUUGGACUUGGCUGGCCGAGAUCUCACAGAUUAUCUCAUGAAGAUCCUCACUGAGCGCGGUUACUCUUUCGUCACAACCGCUGAGAGGGAAAUUGUCCGCGACAUCAAGGAGAAGUUGUGCUAUGUCGCCCUGGACUUCGAACAGGAAAUGGCCACCGCUGCCUCUACCUCUUCCCUCGAGAAAUCUUACGAGUUGCCUGAUGGACAGGUCAUCACCAUCGGUAACGAGAGGUUCCGUUGCCCAGAGGCCCUCUUCCAGCCAUCCUUCUUGGGUAUGGAAUCUUGCGGUAUCCAUGAGACCACCUUCAAUUCCAUCAUGAAGUGCGACAUUGAUAUCCGUAAGGACUUGUACGCCAACACUGUCCUUUCCGGCGGCACCACCAUGUACCCCGGUAUUGCUGACAGGAUGCAGAAGGAGAUCACAGCCUUGGCUCCAUCCACCAUGAAGAUCAAGAUCAUCGCCCCACCUGAGAGGAAAUACUCCGUCUGGAUCGGUGGAUCCAUCUUGGCCUCUUUGUCCACCUUCCAGCAGAUGUGGAUCUCCAAGCAGGAAUACGAUGAGUCCGGUCCAUCCAUCGUCCACCGCAAGUGCUUCUAAGCUUGACGGGGCUUAGUCCGAACCAAACUGCGAAUAUCAAAUUCAAAAGAACUGCUAAGUGUUUUCUUGCUGUCUUAUACGAGAACAUUGUCCUUUUACUGCUGUACAAUAAAGUUUAUUUAAUAAGCCGUU